AUGGAACACGCCAAAGCUAUUAAAGAUCGCGACAUUAAGGCUAUUUGUGACUAUAUAUCCAACUAUUGUGAGACUCACAUUUGUGCUUCAUUAAGCACUCAACACGUUCGAUCCUUCUAUACAUUCUUUCCUACUUUACUGGACUUAUUGUUUGGAUCUCCAACAAAAAGAGGAUUCAUGCAAACACAACUAGAACCUCAUCAAGAUGAAGCUCUUAAAAACUUGUUGUCGAUUCAAGGUCCUUUUUUCCAAUCUUUACUCAGGAUCAGUCAAUCGUCCGAUUACUAUUAUGACCUAUCUAAUGAAAGUUUACCUUCUGAGGUUCGAAAGAUCUUAUCAACAGGUGCUAUUCAUCUAUUACCUCAAGUGUACAAACACUGCAAUGUCAUCAUGCCAUCGUCACCUUCUGGCUCAAUCAUAGAUUUUCAUACAUCAGCUACUAAACAGUCUUCUCUCUUACCGUCUGGUAUCAGCUCAGAGAGAAAGAUCCAAUUAAAUAUAUUACAGUUAUACCUAUAUAACUUUGCCAUCCUGCCCACUUGGUCAACAGCAACAGCACAAUCGCCCAUGUCUACAUUCACAAGCACACCUCUUCGAUCGCCGAUGAAUAAAACCGCGCCAAAUACAUCAACCAUCUCCUUUUUGGACAGUAGUAGCCCACCACAACUCACUAAACCUGGUCGCAGCAUAACGUCAAGCAUAUACACCGACGUCCUUGACAACUAUCUCUCACGUCUGAUCCCCAUCAACGACCGGGCGUUUCCGGCCAUUGUUGGGCCCUUUUUUAUAGACGCACUGACUGAGCUCUGGAUACGUAUGCCAUGGAUAACCAAUAAUAACAGACUGAGCCCCACUCUCAUGUAUUACAUUUCUCAUUUUAUCAAUUACAUUAUUAUCGAGCUCUGGUGUCAAUGGGCUGCACCUUGGAAACUAGGCACACCAUUUCGAAGUAUCGAAAAGGAAAGCUUCUUACCCACACAGACAGACUGGGCACCGUUCAUACUUGAUAAUGUGCCUUACUACUUUUCUGCGGUAGAUAUCUUGCUCAAAAGGAUAUCUACAUUUUCAUAUACCGAUUCGUUAACCAUGUCAGUUGCUGGCCAGCUUCGUAUCCUUUACCGAUUCAUCAACGUCUUUUAUACCGCUCGAGAUCUGAUCGGGUUCUUGGCUCUUGUCGAAAAGGCGCUUGAUCAUGCUGGACAUGCCUUUAUCGAAUGGGAUCAGGAGAUCGCAAAGAUCGCCUAUGGCCAUACAUCGGCUGCGGUCAAGGUGAAGGAAAAGAUAAAGGCGGCGAGUGAGCGAUUGACGCAGAUCGAGGGAAAGACAUCACAGUGGAGGUCAGAGCAUCUAUAUGAUACGGAGGAACAACAGGAGCGACGAUCGCCUAGCUUAAUAGCCGCUGUUUCCAAUUUAUAUCAUAAUAUCAACAUACAUGUGGCUGCCAGUAAGUGGCCUACAAGGUUGUCAAAUAGACACCUUGAGCCUAUGCAAGAAGCGUAUCGUGUCUUGUCGACUCUGUUCAAUAUCAACAGUGCCCUGUUUGCUCCGUUGAAGACGACAUCGGCCAUACCGGAAAAGAGAACAGGGUUCACCCAAUUGACGUUUGCUGGAAAACAGAAUGGAGGGUAUCUGACCGCAGAAGAAAAGGAGUUACUGAAGCAAGGUAAACUUGUCUGCUCGCCGCAUAACAUUCCAGCCGUGGGCCCUCGUAAGCAUACCGUUGUUCGAUCACACGAAAAUGUCACGCUCGUGCGCUGGACUCUUUACUGGGAUAAACAGUUGAAUGAAAUGGUAUGUGCUGCUCAACUUUUUUAA